AUGGACGGGAACGACGACGAACAGCCGAAUGAUUCAAACUUUCAACGUGGCCCCUCGAGUUCGACUCCAGCACCUACUAUCGUCAUAGGAAAUGCCUCCCACGCAAUGACAUCGACUUUCAACUUGUCCUUGGUGCCUAGCCCUCCGGCAACUCCAGACUCAUCCAGCGAAGCCCGACCAGCAAGCUCGUCUUCGGCCAGAGCUCGUCCGACAGCAUCGAGACAUGACUCAGGCAGGAGGAUUUUGCUGUACCCUGAGGGCGACUUUCGUAAUAGCUCAACGCCGGAACUACGAGAUCUGAAGACCGACAUGAUGUGUAAUUGGCUUCACCAGCAGCAACUGGAGCGGAUGUGGUCUACUAAUGGAAUUGAGGAAGGGGUCAUGCUUAAGAAAGCGAAGAACGACUACAAAUGUGCCCCUGAAGACCUUCGUUCUCGGCCCGAAGGAGUCUAUGAUGCGGUGAGAAGGCUCAAUGUCAAGUGUGCCAUGACAGUAAACACGAGCGUCGUCAAACUAUUCCUCCAGGACCAAUUGCUCACUCACAUGCCGCUCGACUCUGGCCUCCGCUUGCAAAUUCUCCCAAGCAUUUCUCACCUGCCUGACUGCCAAAAACACCAGUUCGCAGCGUUCAUUCGAAUCUAUAAUAUCCUCAUUGUCUGGGAUGACGACCCAAAUCACCUUCUCAAACGUGUCCAAUCAAUUGAAGACCAGCUUAUCAACAUGAUAUGGAAGGAAGAAUGUGAAGACGACGAAUCUUCGGCACCACUUCCCAGUGCCAUGCCCAGCACACUGAAUCUGAACAACGCCGGCGACGAGGAAGCAUCAUCCCAAAACGUCGCGGUGGCAAACGCUUUGCCGCCUCGCCGUGUGGUGCUGGUUCAACCGCUCCUCACCGCAAUCACGUUGAUCUUGCUCGUUGCCGCUAUUGGCGGUGGCUGGCGCCAGAUCGCCAUUGAAAUCAAGGUUGACGGUUCCUGGAUGCGACUUGCUUUCAUCGCUGUUGUCCCUCUUCAAUGCUGGCUUGCAUUGUUCUUCAUGCAGUCCGUUGCAGGCUGCUGCGCUCAAAUCAUCGGCCCCAUAAGCCAAAUGAAUGCAAACACCAAGUUCUAUUCGGGAAUGCCACCGCCGCGCCUCCCAACCGAUGGAAGCUACACGUUGCCACAUGUCACUAUUCAGUGUCCCGUCUACAAGGAGGGUCUUUGGUCCGUGAUUGAUCCUACAAUCAAAUCUAUCAAAGCUGCCAUAUCGACAUACGAAAUGCAAGGUGGCACUGCCAACAUCUUCAUCAACGAUGAUGGGAUGCAGUUGAUUCCCGCCGAAGAAGCUCAAGAACGACGUGACUACUAUGAUGAACAUAACAUCGGGUGGGUCUCGCGACCAAAACACAACCCCAAGCCGGCAGAUCCCAGCUCAAAACCAUUCAUUCGAGCCGGGAAGUUCAAAAAGGCAUCCAACAUGAACUACGCAUUGAACGUUUCUGCUCGAGUCGAAGAUAAACUGUCAAACCUCGACCGCCCAGAUGAUGGGAGCUGGACCCUAGAGCAAGAACGUGAAGUAUACAACGAGGCUCUUGCAUCCAUCAUCAGCGAAGACGAAGGCCGCACACAAGCUGCAGGCAAUAUUCGCGUGGGGGAUUACAUCCUCCUGAUAGACAGUGACACACGAGUCCCUCGAGACUGUUUCCUAAGCGCAGUCUCAGAAAUGGAAAUCUCCCCAGAGGUGGCCAUCAUUCAAUUUGCCAGCGGGGUUAUGAACGUCACGGACUCAUGGUUCGAAAAGGGCAUAACGUUCUUCACGAAUCUAGUGUACACAGCCAUCCGCUACGCUGUGUCCAAUGGCGACGUUGCCCCUUUUGUCGGACAUAACGCCUUUUUGCGGUGGUCUGCGGUACAGGAUGUCGCCUACGUCUACGAAGACGUCAACGACGGCAUCGUCAAGGAAAAGUACUGGAGCGAAGCCACGGUUUCUGAAGAUUUCGACAUGGCUCUUCGCCUCCAGACUUCUGGUUAUAUCCUCCGACUUGCAGCCUAUGCUGGCCAGGGCUUCAAGGAAGGCGUCUCCUUGACAGUCUACGAUGAACUUGCCCGCUGGGAGAAAUACGCUUAUGGGUGCUCCGAGCUCAUCUUCCAUCCAUUCGCCCAAUGGUUCAUUAAAGGUCCAUUUACUCCUUUGUUCCGCAACUUCAUCAGGAGCUCGAUGCCGUUCCCCUCAAAACUGACCAUUAUGGCAUACAUCGGGACUUAUUACGCUAUUGGAAGUGCGUGGAUACUGACGCUCCUCAACUACUGCAUCAUAGGCUGGUUCAACGGCCACCUGGACCACUACUACAUCGACAGCUUCAAGAUUUAUUUUGCCAUCAUCAUCGUCUUCACAGCUCUCGGGAACCUCGCACUGGCGGUAAUGCGCUACCGAGUCGAAGAUCAGACCCUCCUCUCCGCGCUGUGCGAGAAUUUUCGCUGGAUCCCCCUCCUAACAAUCUUCCUGGGAGGUAUAUCCCUCCACGUCUCCCAAGCGAUACUUUCCCACCUCUUCUCUAUCGACAUGUCCUGGGGCGCAACCAGCAAGGAAGCCACCGACACGAGCUUCUUCAAGGAGGUCCCGACAAUUCUUCGGAAGUUUCGGUUCACCUUCAUUUUCUGUGCGGUAAUGAGUUUGGGGAUGAUUGUGCUUGCUGGCAUCGGCCCUCUAGGGAAACUGGUCCCCUACGAUUGGCAGAUUGGGUGGUUCACAGCGGCUUGGCCUCUGGCCACGGUUGUGGGGUCACAUGCAUUGUUGCCACUUGUUUUGAAUCCGGGGUUGAUGCAGUUCACUUUCUGA